UUACUUAAACUUUUAUACUUUUUAAGGUAAUCAUGGGAGUUGUCACCGGUGAAAUUGAGGUCGCUAGUGUCCUCCCCCCAGCCAAGAUGUUCAAGGCCUCUGUCCUUGACGCUGAUCAACUCUUCCCCAAGAUUAUGUCACAAGCUAUUAAGAGUGCCGAACUCAUCGAAGGUGAUGGAGGGGCUGGAAGCAUCAGGAAAGUUAACCUUGUGGAAGACGACACUUACAUGAAGCAAAAGGUUGAUGCACUAGACAAAGAAAACUUCGUGCACUGCUAUACCAUCUUUGAAGGUGACAUGUUGGCUAACAAAUUCGAGAAAAUUAGUUAUGAGACCAAGUGGGAGUCAUCUCCUGACGGAGGAUCCAUCUUUAAGUCCACUGUCAAAUUCUACACCUUACCUGGCUUUGAUGUCCCCGGAGAGAAUUUGAUUAACAAGGCAAAAGAAAAGACAGCCGUCAUGGUCAAAGCUGUUGAAGCAUACCUCCAGGCCAACUAAUCCUGAUGCCUGUUAAGAUGUUAUGUGUUUGCUUUUCUCAAGCUAUUUGUGUGGUUUGCUUUACCAUUUACCAAAAAUAAGUGGAUCAUGGAUCAUUAAUGAUUCUAAUA